GUUUUGACCGGAAGAGUCACAACCUUCUUUUUUAUUGAUCAUCGUACGUUGGUAUCGUUAUACCGAAGAAUAAAAAUAAAAAUAAAAUAAAAAAGGGAGAGCUAUAUCCCUUCCUUUACUUGAGUUUUUAUCUUUCUCUUUUCCCCUUCUAUUCCAAUCACAUCACUCAUCAUCAUGUCUGAACCCCCCGUCGACCCAGCCCAAGCUUCCGGCGCUGCCCCGCCAGCUGAGGGUGAAGGUGCUGCUCAGUCCAAGAAGGGCGCAAAGAAGGCGGAAGCUAAGGCCAAGAAAGAAGCUGAGAAGGCUCGUAAGGCAGCUGAGAGAGAAGCUGCCGCUGCCGCUCAAAAAGCUGCAGCCGGUGGAAACGAGGACCUCGCUACGGACAACUACGGAGCCUUUACUCAUACCACAAGAGUUGCUGCCGACAAGGUACAACUCAAACGCUUAGGUGACGACCACAUUGGAAAGACGGUAAAGCUAAGGGCUUGGGUUCAAAAUGCCCGUAUGCAAGGCGCAAAGAUGGCUUUCCUUGAAUUGCGAGAGGAGCGCAAUUGGUCUAUCCAGUGUGUUAUAGUGGCUACUGCCGAGGGAAAGCCCGUUUCAAAGCAGAUGGCUAAAUGGGUUGGCGCACUACGACUAGAGAGUUAUGUCCUCGUUGAAGCAACCGUACAGAAGCCUCUAGAGCCUGUGAAGAGUUGCCGCGUUAGCAACUACGAGCUACACCUUACCAAGUGCUAUCUGAUCGCUUCUGGACCUGAAGUCCUACCCCUGGGUCUCAAUGCCGCCAACCGAGCUAUCGCCAGCUUCGAGGAUGAGGACUCUUCACAGCCCCAGGCACCCGCCGAGGGUGUAGAAAACCUCUCCAUUGCUGAUUCAGCUGCUGCCCCAUCCGCGAGUUUGGCUACGCACCUGAACAACCCAGCCAUGCACAAGCGAGCCCCUGUCCAGCAAGCUAUCGCCGAUGUCCGAAUGACCGUACGAAAACUAUUUAGCGAAUAUCUAGACUCGAAAGACUUUGUCCAGUUUGAAGCCCCUUGCCUCAUCGCUGCUGCUUCCGAGGGUGGCGCAAAUGUAUUCUCGUUACCUUACUUCGAGAAGCAGGCCUUCUUGGCCCAGUCACCCCAGUUUUACAAACAGUUCGAGAUUGCAGGUGGUCGAAAGCGCGUCUACUGUAUCGGUCCUGUAUUCAGAGCCGAGAACAGUAACACGCCGCGACACAUGACCGAGUUCACCGGUCUUGAUCUGGAAAUGGAAAUCGAGGACCAUUAUCACGAAGUCCGCGAUAUGAUCGAAGGCGUCAUGAUCCACAUCUUCCGUGGUCUUGAGGAGAGAUGCAAGGAGGAGAUCGAGCUCAUCCGCUCCAUAUACCCGUCCGAUGACUUUCUACUCCCCGAACCCGGUAAGGAGGUGCGCCUCACCUUCGCCGAGGGUCAAAAGCUCCUACGGGAGGAAGGCCCAGAGGAGUUCCGCAACGUAUCGGAUGACGAAGACAUGAGCACGCCGCAAGAAAAGGCGCUAGGUGCCCUCGUACGCAAGAAGUUUGGUACCGAUUUCUACGUGCUCGACAAAUUCCCUGAGGGUGCCCGCCCAUUCUACACCAUCGAGGACCCGGAGAACCCCAAGGUGACCAACGCCUACGAUUUCUUCAUGCGCGGACAGGAGAUCCUGUCGGGUGGUCAGCGUAUCCACAUCCCCGAGCUACUCGAAGCUCGACUUCGCAAGAAGGGCAUCGACCCCACUAGCUCCGGCAUCCGUGAGUACGUCGACGUGUUCCGAUCUGCGGGUGUUCCGCCCCACGGUGGCGGUGGCAUUGGAUUGGACCGUGUGGUUGCGUGGUACCUGAAUCUGCCCAGCGUCCAUCUUACGAGUUACUACCCCCGAACGCCGAAAAGGCUGUCUCCUUAGAACUCUUAAGACCAAAGAUCAAGGGUUGGUUAUUUUGAGGAAUUGUAAGGGUUACUUAUAGGAAAAGUGUGAUUUCAGUCGGUGUAGGCACCUACCUACCUAAGGACAUACUUUAGAUAUGUAGGUAGGUAUUCAGUCUCUUAAAGAAGAAGAGAUAUGGAAUAGGUAGGAGUGGGUGGAUUAGGUACCUAAGUACUAAGUGCUAGGUAGAUAGAUAUAGGGGUCGAAUAAGAAGGAUUCCUAUACACACCUAA